AUGGUCUCAGUUUCUGAUGUGGCCGAGAUCCCGAAUAUCUACGGCUUCAACGGAAAGUAUAAGAAGUCUGACUUCUACUGGGUGCUCUCCUUCUACGUCAAGGGUAAAGCCAUCCCUGGCUUGUUUGCAACCCAGAAUGAAGAGGUGCAUCGUCUCCUCAAGCGACCUAUUGCAGGAAUCUACUCGAUGAGCAAUCUGAUAUCUUUUGAGCCUUACGUGGACUCUACCAUACGUGAAUUCCUCAAGCAACUUGAUUCGAGAUUUGUGCAGACAAGGAACGUUUGUGACUUUGGGAAAUGGCUGCAGAUGUUCGCAUUCGAUGUCAUCGGAGAGAUCACCUUCUCUAAGCGCCUAGGAUUCUUGGAGAGCGGGGAUGAUGUGGAUGAUAUCAUGGAAAACAGCUGGAACUACUUUUAUCGAGCGGCACCAGUGACUCAAAUGCCUUGGCUCGAAUACGUGUUGGCAAAGAAUCCUAUCUUGCAGUACUUACGAAUUACUAAGAUUAGUCCCAUCGUCGCAUUCGCACGUACAAGAUUACAUGAAAAGGAAGAGGCUGCCAAAACGCAUCAAAAGUCUGGACCGGAUGCCGAUUUACAUCAGAACCGCGAUUUCUUAACGCGCUUCAUGGAAGUAGCUUCGAAAGACCCGGCUACGCCACCAUGGGCUAUCAAUGCCUGGGCAACGUCUAAUAUUACCGCAGGCAGUGAUACAACUGCCAUAAUACUUCGCACUAUAAUCUAUAACCUGCUGAAGUACACAGAAUCCAUGGAGUCACUACGAGCAGAACUCGACUCCCGGCCCGAGCUCAGUGAUAUUGUGGCAUGGAAAGAAGCCUUAACACCACCCUACCUCGAUGCUUGCAUAAAGGAGGCGGGACGGAUGCACCCUCCAUUUGCCUUACCCUAUGAACGAGUGGUUCCACCCGAAGGCUCAGUAAUCUCGGGUCAAAAGCUUCCGGGAGGUACAGUCGUUGGUAUGCCCGCCUGGGUCGUGCAUAGGGAUUACGAAACCUUCGGCUAUGAUGCUGAUUCUUGGAGACCAAAGAGAUGGCUGGAGUGUGAUGCUCUACAAAAGCGGAAGAUGGAAAACGCUUUGUUGACCUUCGAUGCUGGCCAUAGAUCCUGCAUAGGCAAGAAUAUCUCGUACCUGGAGAUUUAUAAGCUUAUUCCUACCCUCCUUCGAGAUUUUGAGCUUCAAUUUGCAGAUCCGGGUGGCUGCGAAUGGCAUGUUGAGAACCGAUGGCUUUCCCGGCAAACCGGCUUGAAUGUGAAGAUUAAAAGGCGUUCUCCAGCAAAGUCGUCAGAGGAGAAGUUGUAA